AUGUAUCGGAAGUUGUCUAAGUUAGAACACUCGGAAAUAAAACAACUUCUUACAGAAGCUAAUAUAGAUGUUGCAAAGCAUUACGCAACAAACAAAAAAGCACUCGCUGACUUCAUUAAAGACUACAAUGGUGCAAUAAGUUAUGAUAGAAUUCAUGAGUUCAUAAAGCCGCAACGCGGCGAGGACGAAGUCCAUGCAAGAGCAUUUCCUUUAAAUGACGUUGCUAUUGACUUAUAUCAUAGACGUUCAGUACCUCAUGAAGUAAGAAGAGAAAUGUUUGACAUAACAAAUGCAAACGUUGGUGAAACAAGAAGAAGAGACGACACACUGAAACAACAGAGAAGAGAGAUGUUUAAAAGUGCUAUAGAACAAGUUCGCAAAGCUAACGAUGUCAUUCGUUCCAUUGACGACAAACCAAAAGAAGGUGAGAGAUGGUUAAAGAAAGAUGA